AUGGGAAGGGGUAGGGUUCAGCUCAAGCGGAUCGAGAACAAAACAAGCCAGCAAGUCACGUUUUCCAAGCGGAGAACGGGACUUCUCAAGAAGGCGCACGAAAUCUCUGUUCUUUGUGAUGCUCAAGUCGCUUUGAUUAUGUUCUCUACCAAAGGCAAACUUUUUGAGUAUUCCUCUGAACGCAGGAAUGAGUCAUCAGAACUAGUGAAAGAAAAAACAGAACAAGUCUCGAAGAACAUGGAAGACGUGUUGGAACGUUACGAGAGAUAUGCCCAUACAACACUUACUGGACCUAACAAUGAAUCGCAGGGUAAUUGGUCUUUCGAAUAUAUCAAGCUCACAGCUAAAGUUGAAGUCUUGGAGAGGAACGUAAGGAAUUUCAUGGGAAAUGAGCUGGAUCCCUUGAGUUUGAAAGAGCUUCAGAAUUUGGAGCAGCAGCUUGACACAUCUCUGAAGCGCAUUCGGACAAGAAAGAAUCAAGUUAUGAAUCAAUCCAUCUCAGAACUGCAUAAAAGGGCAAGGACAUUACAAGAGCAAAACAGCAAGCUAACAAAGAUGAAGGAAAAGGGAAAGACUUUGAAUGAAAGUCCACAGAGCGUCCCGGAAACUCUUGGCCAAAAUUCAUCCAACCUCAACUUAUCUUCUCCACAGCUAUUUCCACCACAAAGACUUGUUCCUUCUUUAACUCUCAGCGGGACAUUGCAAGGAAGAGGAAUGGUGGAUGAAACAGGUGAAGCUCAGAGAGUUCCAACAGGAAAUUCUCUGAUCCCACCAUGGAUGCUGCGAGUCUGA